AUGUCAAUUUGGACUAUACCCGAACCUGUACGAAAGGUAUUUGAUAGUUUUCCUCUAAAGGUUAACGAACCCACGAAGUUGCCAUUAAAUGGUAACGAUGCUGGCAUGGCAGUAUCAAAAGGUCUGACACAUGUUUACGUUUACAACAUCGCUGAAAAUGGACUUUGUACUGAUCCCCAUUGUUUAGAGGUACAAAGUUGGAUUCAAUUGAGAAAUAAACAAAACAAAACAGAAUCUGAUAAAAUUACUAUCUCGGCGUCUUCUGUUCACGUAUCGCCGACGGAUUCCCUGCCUUUUAUUGUUGAGAACAGUCAUAAAAUCAACAACAUCAAACCACAAUCCACAAAAUCCGAGCCAGUUGGCAGGGUAAAAUACCUCCAAGAUAAGGGAAAUUCUUCAUCAAAUGAAGAAGUAUAUUGUUCUUUAAUAGACACCUGGUUGCGGAGCUGUUGGAUAGUUUCUAUGCUGGAUCCACGACAUUUGGCUAUCAAAGAAUCUAUUUAUAUUCUAGAAGAAGAACGCAAAGAAUUACCGACACAGAUACUUUCGGUUAUAUCCAAUCAAGUCAAUUACCGUUUAAUUCAAGAACUGGAGCCGCAAUAUCCUGAGCUAACCGCUGAAGCUAAUUCAUAUCGAGCACGCAUCACUGGCUAUUCUCUGAACAGCAAUAUAUUAGCAGAUGUGUUUGACCGCGCUGAGGAAUGUUUAGCUGUGUUUGAGAGUCUCUUAUCCAAGAAUAAGUCUCAGGCGAUAUUUGGCGACCUCAAUGGUGGUACUGAUCUCGGACGGUUGGACAUUCUGUUGUUUUCCUAUACACAUCUCAUUCUCUGGUUAAUCCCGAAUUCACAAUUGGCUCGACUUAUCCCUCCACUUGUACGUGCUCAUUCUGAACAUGUGUACAACAAAAUCUUCUGUUGA